UCCAUAGCAACGGCGCGGCGCGGCCUGAGCGGGGCCUGGGCGCUUCUGAGCCCGGGCCGGGGGUCGCUGAGCCCCCCCGAAAAAUGAGGGAGUCUGAGCCUCACAUCCGGGAAGCCGGUCCCGGUUUCUGCCCCUCUUUCCCCUCAGACCCCUCCCCUUCCAGCAUCCCCCUCAAACCCUCACCCGAGGGUCCGAGGAGGGGACAAGGACCCGCAGGCCAUGGCUGAGCAAGGGGACACCCUUUGUGGAGCCCCUGAGGAGAGGUCCCCAGGAGUGACCCUCAGUGACGGCCUCAUGGUCACCCGGAUCCGACCCACAGGACUGCUGCCCACCUCCACCAUCCGCUUGGAUCGGGAGAACAUCUCGUCCAUCGGGAAGCUCCGGAGGCUGGCAGAGAUCCACAGCCUGUACCUGCAGCAGAACCAAAUUGAGAAGAUCGAGAAUUUGGACUCUUUUCCCAACCUGAGGUUCCUCUGCCUGGCUGGAAACCGCAUCCAGAGGGUGCAAAACCUGCAGGCCCUGCCCCACCUGAGCGCCCUGGACCUGUCCCACAACCAGAUCCGAGUGCUGGACACAGAGGAGCUGCCCCGCAGCCUCCAGAUCCUCGACCUGACAGGGAACGAGUGCAGCCGGCAGGUUGGAUACAGGGAUCUGGUGGUGGCAGCCCUGCCCCGCCUCCUGCAGCUGGAUUCCCAGCCCAUCCAUGGAAACACGGCCGAGGAAGAGGCAGGAGGAGGCUCUUCCAGCAGCAACGAGGAGGAGCUGCUCCCUGAGCUGAGGACUCCCUUCACUGUGGACAGAGAUUUCUUUGUGGAUCUGCACCGGGAGCUGGCGGGGCGCGCGCGGCGGAGGCGGAGGAAGACCCUGGAGGAGCACCGGGAGCGGCUGCAGGAGCUGUCGGAGCGCCGGGCUCUGCUGCUGGGCCCGGAACGGGAGCGGCUGCAGGAGCUGUCGGAGCGCCGGGAGAGGCUGCAGGAGCUGUCGGAGCGCCGGGAGCGGCUGCAGGAGCUGUCGGAGCGCCGGGAGUGGCUGCAGGAGCUGUCGGAGCGCCGGGCUCUGCUGCUGGGCCCGGAACGGGAGCGGCUGCAGGAGCUAGGGUCCCAGCGAGCUCCUGGUGGCAUCCAGCUCCCAGCCAACGCUCUGGAGAAGGAGACUCGUGCCAAAGGAGCAGCUAUCCCAAAUAUCCCCUAG